AAAAAGUCAAAACAAUUCGAGAUCAUCAUCACCAUCACAACAAAUUCUAUGGCUUCUUCUACUACGACCCUUUUAGGUCCACCAUCCGUCGCCGGAGACACUCAUCUCAUCAAACCAACCACCACCAUUAACUCACCGGAGUCCUCUGUUUCCAAUGACCAAACUUUCAUCUCCCAAACCGCCGCACUAAACCUCCAAGAACCACCAAUGAUGGGUCUAACCGAAAACUUCUCGCCGACGUUUCUCUCUUCCAGCAACCCAUGUCUAGAUUUCUUCUUCCACAUCGUCCCCGACACGCGUCCCGAUGAUCUGAUCCAAAGGUUGACACUUUCUUGGUCUCAUGACCCUUUAACUACUUUGAAGCUCGUCUGUAACCUCAGAGGUGUUAGAGGAACUGGGAAGUCAGAUAAAGAAGGGUUUUACACAUCUGCGUUUUGGCUUUACAAGAAUCAUCCAAAGACCUUAGCUUUGAACCUCCCUGCUCUUGUUGGUUUUGGGUAUUUCAAAGAUUUGCCUGAGAUUCUGUAUCGGAUCUUGGAAGGUCAGAAUAUGGAGAGAGGGAAGGGGAGGGUGUGGAGGAAGAGGGUUCGGAGUAAUUUCAAAGGGAAGAGUGAGAAAAGGUCUGAGCUUUCCGGUGAAUUAGAAGAUCGGAUUCUGGAAAACGCGGAGGAGAUUGAUAAGGUAAAGGCUAGAGCUUUAAGGAAACAGAGAGAGUUCGAGAAGGCGAAGAAGGCUUUAGAGAGGUAUAACUCUGAUGGUAAUUACAGAUUACUCUUUGAUCGAAUUGCUGAUUUGUUUGCUGAUUUGUUGAAAUUGGAUUUGAAGUGUUUGAAUUCGAAUGAGUUGAAUAAGAUUAGUUUAGCUUCGAAAUGGUGUCCUUCGGUUGAUUCUUCGUAUGAUAAGACUACUUUGAUAUGUGAGGCAAUUGCUAGAAGGAUGUUUUCUAGAGAUGAGUAUGAAGGUAUUGAAGAAGGGCAUUAUGCGUAUAGGAUUAGAGAUAGGUUGAGGAAAGAGGUUCUUGUGCCGUUGCGUAAAGCUCUUGAAUUGCCUGAGGUGUUUAUGAGUGCAAAGGAAUGGGAUUUGUUGAAGUACAGUAGAGUUGCUUCUGUGGCUAUGAAGAAUUACAAGAAGCUCUUUGUGGAACAUGAUAGUGAGAGGUUUAGUAAGUUUUUGGAGGAUGUGAAGUCCGGGAAGAAGAAGAUUGCGGCUGGUGCGUUGCUUCCUCAUGAGAUAAUAAACCAGCUGGAGUAUAAUUGUGAAAGUGAAGUUGACGCAGAAGUUGCGGAGCUUCAGUGGGCGAGAAUGGUGGAUGAUCUUUCCAAGAAAGGGAAGAUGAAGAGUUCACUUGCGGUUUGUGAUGUCUCUGGAAGCAUGUCUGGUACACCUAUGGAGGUCUGUGUGGCACUUGGGUUAUUGGUUUCAGAGCUUAAUGAAGAGCCGUGGAAAGGGAAAGUUAUUACCUUUAGCGAAAACCCGCAGCUUCAUACUGUCACGGGUUCGAGUCUGAUGGAAAAGACUGAGUUUGUUAGACAAAUGGAUUGGGGAAUGAACACUGAUUUCCAGAAGGUGUUUGAUCGAAUUUUAGAGGUUGCAGUCGAGAAUAAGUUAACCGAUCAACAGAUGGUCAAGCGGUUAUUUGUGUUCAGCGACAUGGAGUUCGAUGAUGCAAUGUCAAACAGCAAUUCAGAGGUGAAUUACUCCUUGACUGUGGAGGACCGGUUGAAGAUAUCGAAGCAAAAGUCCAAGGAGAAAUGGGAGACAGAUUAUGAGGUGGUUCAGAGGAAGUAUAAGGAUAGCGGUUUUCUGAAUGUUCCAGAAAUGGUAUUUUGGAACUUGAGAGACUCGUCGGCUACACCCGUGGUAGCUAACCAGAAAGGAGUGGCUAUGGUUAGCGGGUUUUCGAAGAAUCUACUGACUCUGUUUCUUGAAGAAGGUGGGAUUGUCAAUCCUGAAGAUGUUAUGUGGUUAGCCAUCAAAGGUGACGAAUAUAAGAAGCUUACUGUUUAUGACUAAGAUACACAUACCUAAAGAUUCAAUGCGUAACCCCAAACAUCACCAUUUCUAUCAGUUUCUUUGAGUUUUUUUUUUACUUUUGUUUUUGAUUAUGCAGAAUUAUGUGAGGGCAUGAAUGAAUCUUGUUUAACAGUUUUGUUUCAAGAAAAUGAAAAAUCUUUUGUUUGACAUUUUUGUUGUAAGAAGAUGAAUCUUUUGUAAGAAAAAGGCAAAAGCCAAACUCUCUUUUGUGUAUAUAUAUAUAUAUAUUCUACCAUCGAUUA